UUGGAGAUUUCUGUUCAGUGAUCGUAGUGGAAAGUUUUGGAAUUAUGGACAGAACGGCCCUUUUCAAAGCCACUGUGAAAACUAUACGGACCAGAAAUAAAGCCCUUGGUGUCAAAGAGGCAACAAAGGACAUUUUGGGCUCGAAAAGACACAAGGGUGAAUUUGGAACGAAAGCGAAAGAAGUGCUUGUCAAUAUUAGUAAGCUGAGAGAUUUCCUACUAAAACACCAAAAGGAUUAUGUCAGUCCAUUCAGUCACCUGAGUUUAGAGUUGUCUAGUAUGACAGAUGAAGAGCGAGACCAAAUAGACACAGAUGCUGAAACUUACAUGAGAACAUGCUCAGUUGCUAUACAAACCCUCAAAAAUGAAGCAUUGCAGCAGAAAAGAAGUGAACAAGUUAUGACUCACAGGGAAGUUGUACUGGAAAUGCUAGGACAGUAUUUAAAAGUGGUUUGCAAGUUGUACAGUGAACAAAGAGCUAUCCGUGUCAGGAGAGUAGUGGAAAAGAAACGAAUAUCCAGACUACAACCUGAACAAAAACGAUUGAAACAAGAGUCAAAUGGACAGCUUGAUUCUAAAUCAUCUGCUUCAGAAGUCAAAGAUGAUGUUUCAAAAGCAGAAUCCAAAAGUCCAACACAACCUCUAGAUUUGGCUCCUCCUCCUCCUCCUCCAGGGGAGGAUGAAGAAUUGACAGCAGAGGAAGUCCAGAUGUUUGAAAUGGAAAACCAGAGGUUGUUUACAGAAAUGAACAGUUUGGUGAACGAAGUGAGGCAAAUUGAAGGAAAAGUAGUAGAAAUAUCUCAGCUCCAAGAAAUUUUCUCUGAAAAGGUUUUACACCAGUCUGCACAGAUUGACAGAAUACAUGAGACUGCUGCAGGAACAACAGAAAAUGUCAAGGGAGGAAAUGAACAGAUAAGAGAGGCCAUCAAGAAUAAUGCCAGCUUCAGAGUUUGGAUACUUUUCUUUCUGGUUAUGUGUUCAUUGUCACUGCUGUUUCUCGACUGGUACAACUAAAUGGGGAGAAGAACUUUGAAAUAGUCAAUUUAAGCAAAUCUUAAACAUGUAGAAAAAAAUUGAAUUUCAUUAUGCCCAGAGCUGUGAUGAAUAAAUGAAUAAAACAUCACUUCUCCUUCAGCCAAAAACAGAAAUUAAAGUAACUUUCAGUGCUAGAAGUUCAAAGAGCAAUAAUAUUAUAAUAAAAUGGAAUUACAUUUAUAUAUGAACAGGUAGAUUUAAUGUUGCUUGUAAACCAUAACUAUUUCUGUUA